AUCUCUCUCUCUCUCUCUCUCUCUCUCUCUCAAGCAUUUUUCUCAGUUGGAUUGGAAACUGAGUCAACUCGUUAGAUCCCCGAACAUGUCUUCGCCGACAAGUUCCACGACGUCCUACUGGUGUUACAGCUGCACUCGUUUCGUCCGUGCCUGGCCACAAGACAACGGCGCCUACGUCUCCUGCCCGUACUGCGACGGCGGAUUCAUCGAGGAGAUCGAGGCCGCUCCGAGAUCCGAUGAUCACGGCCGUCGUUUCCCUUUGCGGCACGAUUCUCACCGCAGUACGGAUCUCGGUUCAAGGCGGUCUCGUCGGGGUGCCGGCGACAGGUCUCCGUUCAAUCCAGUGGUUGUCCUGCGUGGACCCUCCGAUGGCGAAGAUAAUACGUUCGAGCUUUACUACGAUGACGGUUCCGGAUCCGGACUCAGACCGUUACCCGCUUCCAUCUCGGAGUUUCUUAUGGGUUCGGGUUUCGAUCGCUUGCUCGAGCAGUUAGCGCAGAUCGAGGUAACCGGUUUCGGGCGACCCGAGAACCCGCCGGCUUCUAAAGCAGCCAUCGAGUCGAUGCCAAGAAUAGAAAUCUCGGACAGCCACGUCGGCGCCGAUUUACAUUGCGCCAUUUGCACGGAGGCCUUCGAGAUGGGAGUGGAGGCGCGUGAGAUGCCCUGCAAGCACAUAUACCACGGAGACUGCAUACUCCCAUGGCUGGCGAUGAGAAAUUCAUGCCCCGUUUGCCGCCACGAGCUUCCUACUGAUUCCAACUUGGCGGAGCGAGAAGAAGAAGAGACAGUAGGUCUCACAAUAUGGAGAUUACCAGGCGGUGGUUUCGCCGUCGGAAGAUUUAACGGCGCGAGAAGAGAAGGCGAGAGGGUGUUACCAGUUGUGUUUACAGAGAUGGAUGGUGGGUUCGGUGCCACCGGCGGUCCAAGGAGGGUGUCGUGGGUGGCGAGGAGGAUCGGAAGAAGAGAAAGAACCGGUGGCCCUGGUGGGCUCCGAAGGGUGGUUCGUGGGUUCGUUUCGUUUUUAAGGAGAUUAAGAUCAAAUCGUGAAUCUCCUUCAAGAUCAAUUCGUGGAAGUUUAUCCGAGUCUGUCAGCAGGAGUUUCAGCAGCAACUCGAGCUCUGUUGUUGGAAGGUACUUGAGGAGCGGCAGUAACAGAGCCAGUGUUUUGGAAUGAGAACAUUAAUUUGGAAUAGAGGAAGAAAAUGAAUCAAUCAGAUUAGUUGAAAUUAUUUAUUUAUAACCAAUGUAAAUAGAAGCAAAAAAACUAAAAUUUGAUUUUGAAUCCUUGAUUUGGGUUAAUUAGUUUAUAAAUAUUUGCAGCAAAAAAUAGAAAAAAGUUUCAAUUUUUAUUUUUUGGGGUUUUGGGAGAAGGGGGAAUAUGUGUAUAAUAAGUAGAGAGUUGUUGGCGUAUUAUGGAAAACUUCAUUUUCCAUCUUCAUCAAUAUAUGGAAUUCUGUUUCCAAAUUUCCAUGUGAAGAAA